CGACGAUGACAGCAACCGUCGAGAGCUUGCGCCAGCUCAUGUGGGGCGCGUCGGCCGUCUACGAGAGCGAGGAAGAGCUCCGCUGGCAGAGCGAAGACUUUUGCUUUUGCCCGCUGGAUGGGCCUGGCCCGACGUGGGGCCUGCAGCAAACCCACGGCGGUCCUUGCGGCGUCUUCGCCCCUGUCCAGGCUCGCAUGCUCGUGCACCUCUUGGGCUCGCUGGACACGCCGUUAACCGGCGACGCCCGCGAGCGCUUGCUGGCGUCCGUCUUGGCCGCGAUGCUGCUCGCAACGACCGAAGCCGAGACCGACCCAAUAUGGUUCAUAGACGCUGCGCACGUUUCGGCGACCGCGUCGGGGCCCGUGCGUCCGAUCGCAGUCGCGCGCGCCGACCUCGAGGCGUCGGUGCGCGACUUCUUCGUCGCUGGAAAAGGCGUCUUGAGCUUCGUGUACAGCAUGGUGCUCACGCGUGGCGUCGAUCGUCUUCGCGGCGACAUGGACGACAUGGAGAGCAGCUUGACGAUGGGCGAGUUUGGCCACGGCACGCAGGAGCUCCUCAACCUCAUGCUCACGGGCCGGGGCACGUCCAACGUGUUUGACGACAGCGUGCCCAUGGGCGACACCGGCCUCGUGCUGCGGGGCGUCUCACGUCGCCCUCUCGUCGGGUACCUCACGCAGCUCGAGGCGCUGCGCUACUGCGCCGUGGGCAGCUACUAUAAGACUCCGUUGUCGCCGAUUUGGGUCCUCGGGAGCGCGAGCCACUUUACGGUGCUCUUUUCGCCACAUCUGUCGCUCGUGCAAGAGUCCAACUCGGACGCGCUCUUGUCCAAAGUCACGCGUGCGUUCAAGCAGCACGAUACGAUGGAGAGCGGGUUCAUCGCGCUGGAUGCGCUCCUACCGUGCCUGCAGUCGCUCGGCGUCGACCAAGGCAUCCUCAGCAACCAGUACCAGAUGGGCCGCCUCUUCGCCAAGCUCGAGGUGCCGGGCGCGGGGAUUGUUCUCUGGGACGACUUUUGGCGCGUCGUCUCCGUCUUGCUCGAGACAAACGACCUCCAACAAGCCAUCAACGGCAAGGUCGCGAGUCGCCAGCGCUCCGACUCGGACCUCGCGCGGGAGCUCCAGGCCCAGUUUGAUAGCGGUCAAACGGCGGCCGCCGAGGAGAGUGCCGAGCUCGUCCCGAUGGCCGCCGACACCGAGGACAAGGUGGUCUUCUACCACUACAACGGCCUCGUCGACAGUCGACAGCCGAACACCGCGUCUCGUGCGCUUUGAAGCCACCGUGCCGAGCCGCAACGUUGUGGGCUACACGGUGCCGCUGCACGACUCGGGUGCGGCGUCCGGCGGCUCGAGUUGCCAGAUCGAAGACGUGCUUACGACCAAGUGGCCGGGUAUCCAUGUGCACUGGGGCGGGCAGGUCCCCCCGCGCCUCGAUUAGUGUCUUCACAUAAAAA